GCUAUGCCACGAGUGCGGCCGCUGCCGCGCCCACCAGAGACCAGACCCCGCGAGCCAGGCAGCCAGCGCGCCCCCGUCAAAUACUCCGCACCCGCCACCUCCGGCCGCGCGCGUCUCGCAGACGCCCACAGGGGAGAGAGAAAAUAAAGCUGCCGGCCGAGACAAGGCGCGAAGCUUGCCUGCAGAGGCACCGCCGCCACCGGGCUCCGCGAUGGCGUCGGAGCUCAUCUUCCGCGGGCACGAGGAGUCCCUCCCCACGGGCGCGCCCGGGCACACGCCCAAGCCGCACCACAAGCCGCUAGCGGCGCGCCCGCUCCGGUACCUCCUCGCGGAGCAGCGUCUCCUCUUCGCGCUCCUGGGCAUGGCCCUCGCCGCGGCCGUCUUCCUCAACGCGCCGUCCGCGUCGGGCACCGCAGCCACCUCCUCAUCCACAAACCCAGGCGCCGGCAGCGCCGCCACCACGGUCGCUGCGGGGCUCGCGCGACGCCAGGACGCCCACGCCGCGGUGGGCGGGGAGCGGGAGCGGCGCGCGGCGCGGGUGCCGCUGGGCGUCCGGCUUCGCGUCCUGCGCGUGCUGGUGACGGGCGGUGCCGGGUUCGUGGGCAGCCACCUGGUGGACCGUCUCCUGGAGCGCGGCGACAGCGUGAUCGUGGUGGACAACUUCUUCACGGGGCGCAAGGAGAACCUGGCGCACCACGACCCAGCGACAGCGGCGCUGGAGGUGAUCCGGCACGACGUGGUGGAGCCGGCGCUGCUGGAGGUGGACCGGAUCUACCACCUGGCGUGCCCGGCGUCGCCGGUGCACUACAAGCACAACCCCGUGAAGACGGCCAAGACCAGCGUGGUGGGGACGCUCAACAUGCUGGGCCUCGCCAAGCGCGUCGGCGCGCGGUUCCUGCUCACCAGCACCAGCGAGGUGUACGGCGACCCGCUGCAGCACCCGCAGGUGGAGACCUACUGGGGCAACGUCAACCCCAUCGGUGUCCGGAGCUGCUACGACGAGGGCAAGCGCACGGCGGAGACGCUGGCCAUGGACUACCACCGCGCCGCCAACCUCGAGGUGAGGAUCGCCCGGAUCUUCAACACCUACGAGCCACGCAUGUGCAUCGACGACGGCCGGGUCGUCAGCAACUUCGUCGCGCAGGCGUUGAGGAAGGAGCCCCUGACAGUCUACGGCGACGGCAAGCAGACGAGGAGCUUCCAGUACGUGUCGGACCUGGUGGAGGGUCUGAUGAAGCUGAUGGAGGGGGAGCACGUGGGCCCGUUCAACCUGGGGAACCCCGGCGAGUUCACGAUGCUGGAGUUGGCCAGGGUGGUGCAGGAGACCAUCGACCGGGGCGCGCGCAUCGAGUUCCGCCCCAACACCGCCGACGACCCGCACAAGCGCAAGCCGGACAUCGCCCGCGCCAAGCAGCUGCUCGGGUGGGAACCCAAGGUGCCGCUCCGCGAGGGGCUCCCGCUCAUGGUCCAGGACUUCCGCGCCCGCAUCUUCGGAGACGGCCAGCAGGCAGCGCAGCCGCAGGUAUAGCUAGGGUAGGCCACGGCCAUGGCGGCCGCGAGGAGGGAGCCGGUCGAUAGAUCUAGCAGCCGAAAUCCUCUCUACAUGUACGCGAUCGAGAUGCUGAUCCGGAGAUAGAUCAUGUUGUGGCCGAGCGUCCACGAGCUUGAGCUGCUCUUGAUCAUGUGGAUGUGUAGCGAGUAAUUUGCAUGCGAAAUUGUAAUUCGUGCUGGAAUGUCAGCACAUGCAGGCAUAUUGAGCGGUAGGAUGUAGUGUAGCCUAUGAACAUGGCAUCAGUUCAGAGAUGAAUGCUUGUUCAGUUGUUCAGACUUCAGAGAUGAUGAGUUAAUGUAAUGAGCUUGUGUCUA